CAAUUCCAGAAAUCUAUGGCGCCAAAAAGUUGGCGCCAGGCCCUCCCGCCAAAGGUUCCCCGCGCCAACUACUGCUCUCUGUUUAUAACCCCAACCACUCAGAAGGAAGCCACCGACCGUUUGUUGAAAUUCCCCAGAGAAAAUCAACCCACCACCACUGUACUCUCUCUUAAACGAUUGACCAUGGUAGUCUCUUUAGGUCCCGGCAAGUUCUAUGGCAGUAGCCUCCCUCGCCCUCGCAUCUACACCGACGUAAAGCUCAACCCAGAUCGGGUGGACCCACCUUUGUCCGUCAUGGAUCCGUUUCUCUCCUGGGCUGAGGAGGCUCAUUGGUCUAUGGGCGGUCUUAGCUUCAAGCGUCUUCGCCUCCAAGGUCGCAUCGAGGGCAAUGUCAACAAGCUCCGUAAGCACCGCGAGAAACUAGCAAAAUCACAAGUCAGUAGUAGCCCUAAAGUCUCAAGGGGUUCAGAACAAGGUGAGGUCAAAGAUAAGAACGAGAAUAAUAGGAAGAGGGUCGGCUCUGAUGCGCCGCCUCCGGCUCCUAUGGUGACAAAAAGGAGGAAAUUUAUGGAUUUGUUUGAUGAGGAUAGCGAAGAGGAGGAGCUACAGGCUAUGGAGGAGGUGGAGGCAGCUGGUAAGAAGAAGCCGGUGAGGAAGCUAGCGGGCGACUUCGAAAAGGUAGCAAAGAUCAAUGAUGUGAAUAACACUGGAAAGAUUGGUAAUGUGAUCGGGUUAAGGACAAGGAGAAGAGGGCUGGAGGAAGGCGGUAGCGGUGGUAUGGGUGAUGCGGUGAUGAAGGUGGUUAAGGAGUUGAAUGUAAAGGAAUCGGCGGGGAAGAAAUUGAAGGGUGGAAGGAAGGGCAAAAGUGGUGGGGAGAGUGGAUCUAAUUCUGUAAGUGGUAUUAGAACUUCGCCAAGAUUGGCAAACCAAAGAUCAAAUUAGAUCUGUGAUUCUAAUCAAUGUUAAGUUUGAUCCUGCCAUGAUCAUAUAGCCCAGUUCUAGUUUCAUUCAGGUUCCUUGUUUCAUAAGUCGAUAUUCAUGAGAAUACAAGGAAGUUCUUUUUCUUGAAUGUGUAGUUUUCUAGGAGCUUUAGCUAAACUUUAUGAAUACAAUUUGCAUUUGCUAAA